AUGGUCUAUAAAGAGCCAGGAUUGGAAUUUGCUGAAUGGUAUCAUGGAUUGUUGCCACGUAAAGAUAUAAAUAUUCUGCUCUCUAAACAAGGUCAAUUUCUGGUUCGCGAAACGGAAAUCAAGAAGGGAGAAGGACUUCAACUAGUAUUAUCAGUAAAAUGGAAUGAUAAGACAAUGCAUUUCAUUAUCCGUCACGUUGAUGGAAAAGUUUUUAUAGAAAAACGCCAAUUCAAUUCUAUCCACGCAUUGAUAAGGUAUCAUUUGGUCAGCAAAGAUCCAAUAACUGACCAGAGCGGUGCUAUGCUUUUGCAUGCCGUUCCUCGACAAAGCUGGGAAGUGAGACAUGAACAGAUAGAACUUCAUGAACUAUUGGGAGAGGGUGCAAUGUCCGCCGUUUAUAAAGGUAUAUUUAGGGGUGAUGAAAGCGAGAAACAGGUUGCGAUUAAAGUACGGAAAGGGCGUAGAUUGGAUAGAGAAACUGUAGAACAGAUUUGUCGAGAAGCUCGGAUAAUGCGCAGACUGGAGCACCCAAAUGUUGUUCGUCUCUAUGGAAUCGCAAUCAGUAAGGAACCAAUAAUGCUGUUGAUGGAACUGUUGAAAGAUGGAAGUCUGGAUGUAUUCCUCGUAACAAAGGGGUCAAAGUUGAGCACACGAGAAAAGUUGUAUUUCUGUCUCGAUAUUGCAUCGGGACUGGAAUUCCUUCAUAAUAAUGGGGUCAUUCAUCGAGAUAUUUCAGCAAGAAAUUGCCUGGUGGAAGACAUGUGUGUCAAAAUAUCCGACUUUAACCUGUCACGAGAAAUCAGAAAACAAGAUGAAAAGUAUAAGAUGACGCGGCUGAAACAAAAUUUGCCCAUAAGAUGGCUAGCACCGGAAACGAUAAAAAGCGCAACAUACACGACAAAAUCAGAUGUGUUCAGUUAUGGGAUAUUACUGUGCGAAGUGUUUACAAAUGGUGCGGAACCAUACUGUGGGAUGACGGUCGCUGAAGUUAUUAUUAAUGUGAAGGACGGAUACCGAAUACCAUCGCCGGAUGCGAUGCCAAAUCGGUUACAGGCUUUGCAGCGAAACUGCUUUGCAAUGGAAGCCUCAAAACGAUGGUCAAUGGCACAAAUCCGAAGAGAAAUCGAAAUGAUUUGUUUACAAUUUCAGGAUUAA